UACACUCUCGAUCUCUUUCGCAAGCUAACAUAAUGUAGGCGGUAGUUGUGCUGCCGCAGGGGGCGCUCGACUGCUCACGGAAGACGCCUUGGCGGUAGUGUGCGUCGCAGCCUCCUCUUGCCGCCGCGCCCCUUCUCCUUGUUCGUGGAAACUAGAGGCCGUUGAGAAUUCCGGCUCUUCUCAUUCAGUGGCCCAGUUCCCUCUCUGUUUUUCCGUUUCUGCUUGCAUACGUUAGAUUUCCGGUAGUUUUAACUGUUUAGUUUUGUAUUACUAUUUUCGUAGUUCAUCGGUGCCCAGGUUUCCGGCAAGAUCUGUUUCCUGACGUGAGGAUUUUUUUAAAUUUUGGGAGCCUACCCCUCUUCUCCACCCCUUUCCCUACGUUGUACAACACGGUCCGGCCUCGGCUAUGGCGGCGAGUGCGAAGCGAAAACAGGAGGAGAAGCACCUGAAGAUGCUUCGAGAAAUGACGAGCCUGCUCCCCAACAGAAAGUGCUUCGACUGUGACCAGCGCGGCCCGACCUACGCCAACAUGACCGUGGGCUCCUUCGUGUGUACCUCCUGCUCCGGCAUUCUACGAGGCCUCAAUCCACCACACAGAGUAAAGUCUAUUUCCAUGACAACCUUCACGCAACAGGAGAUAGAGUUACUGCAGAAACAUGGCAAUGAGGUAUGCAAGCAGAUUUGGCUAGGAUUGUAUGAUGAUAGAUCUUCUGCAAUUCCAGACUUUAGGGAACCCCAAAAAGUUAAAGAAUUUCUUCAAGAAAAAUAUGAAAAGAAAAGAUGGUAUGUUCCCCCGGAGCAAGCUAAGGUUGUAGCCUCUGUUCAUGCUUCGAUUUCGGGAUCUUCUGCUAGUAGUACAAGUAGUACACCUGAAGUACGGCCACUGAAAUCUCUUCUUGGUGAUUCUGCACCAGCACUGCAUUUAAAUAAGAGCACACCAAGUCAGUCUCCUGUAGUUAGCCGGGUCCAAGUACAACAUCAGCAACAGAUGGCUCAACAAUUUCAGCAGGAGAAAAAACAGUUUGACCUCCUCAGUGAUUUAGGAGGUGACAUCUUUGCAGCUCCAGCACCUCAGCCUGCCACCUCUGCAAACUUUGCAAACUUUGCACAUUUUAACAGUCACACAGCUCAGAGUAAUGCAAAUGCAGACUUUGCAAAUUUUGAUGCAUUUGGAAAUUCUAGUGCAUCGAGUAGUUUUGGAGGUUUCCCCACAGCGAGUCAGCCUUCUUUCCAGCCCCCGAUUACAGCGUUCAGAACGCUUUCAUCAAGCUGCAGCUUUGGUGAAUUUACUUCAGCUUUCCCUCUUCCAGCUGUACACAGGGCUGGUGGACAGGCGAGUAAUGUUAAUUCUGCUCCUGCUUUAGCACCCCCAAGCCAUCCGGCUUCUAUAGGAGGAGACCGAUAUGCAGCCUUAGCAGAGCUGGACAGUGUUUUCAGCUCAACUGCACCAACUAGUAAUGUCUAUAGUACAACUAGUAGUGUUAGCAGCAGUGUCUUUGGGACAGGAGCUACACAAGCACAGAGUCAGCAAGCAAUACCAAGCAUCCCUGCUGGAUUUGGAGGUAGGCUGGAAACCACCACAUCAACAAAUCCAUUCAUGGCACCAACAGUGGCUCCAGCUUCUGCUCCUACAAAUCCAUUCCAAACUAAUGGAAGAAUGCCCCCAACAGCAGCAGCAGCAGCAACAACAGGCCUUUUAGGAGCUCUGCACAGUCAAGUAUUUCCACAGGCACACUUUGCUACCUUUGGUACUGGUUCUCUGAGCAUGCCUGCUGGAUUUGGUGCAACAGCUACCUAUAAUCUUCCCACAAGCUUUAGUGGAACAUUUCAGCCACCGCCUUUCCCUGGACAGGCAGCCUUUACUCAACCUGCUACCUACUCUCAGCAACCAAAUGGUGCAGGAUUUGCAGCAUUUGGACAAAGUAAACCAGUUGUAACACCAUUUGGCCAAGCAAUGGCUAACCCAGGAGUGUCAAGUAAUCCUUUCAUGGUUCAAAAUGCCAAAAAAAAUGAAAAGGGCAUGAAGCAAAAGUUUGAGCAACCAACAUGGUCAGUACUUAGUAACACCCCCUUCGGCAGGAGCUCCAACAGGACAGUUCCCAGCUGGUAGUUCCUCAACAAAUCCAUUCUUAUAGCCCUUUUAAUUGUAUCUGAAUGAGUGGUUUCUCACCAUCUUUGCGCCUUUUGCACUGUUGUCUUGUUUCACGAACUUAGCUUUAAACACGAAAAAAGUCUAAAACUUGUAUUUUUUAUUAUAAUAAAAAACAAGGUCAUAAGUGCAGAAGUGGUGCAUUUUCUCCUUGACAUUCUUUAUUUGACCUGUGAACUGGCAAAAAAAGAAAAACAUAGCCAUAUCAUUUAUAUUAAAAUGGGCUAAUAUUAAGUUAUUGCAAUACCACAUUCAUAAUGCUGCAGUACUGUACAUAUCUUUCUUAGAACAUUAGCUAUUUGUGCAUAUCAGUAUUUGUAUCUUCUAACACAUGUAUGUAAUGUGCGAAUAUAACAGGGGGGUGGGCACACAUGGGCUCCUGAAGGUUAUUCUGGUUUUCUGUUUGAUUAAUUACUAAAAUCAUAUAGAGCAUUUAGUUAUGGACAAAAAUGAUUGUAUUUAGUUCCCAAGAUUAAACAAAAAGCUGAAGAGUUUUCUUUCGUUUUAAAAGGCACUUGUCCAAGUACAUAUUGAAAAUCUACAGCAUUUAAAAAUAAAUAAACAAAAAGUACCAGAAGGCUUAAGCCUUAUCAUGUGUUGUAGGUGGUAAAUAUGCAUUUAGAGUAAGCAAAAAUAGUAACUAAAAGGCCACCUGUGUUGGGAAUUACAAACCCAAAUACAUUAAAUGUGUAUAUAAAAUAUAUAUAUUAAAAUGAAUUUUAACUAAA